AUGCCUGUCCUGGUCCCGCUGAACGUGAAUGUCCGCUCGCUGGACCACCGACCGGCUCGCAAGUCCCACAUUUCCAUCCGGAGAUGCCAGCGGGAGAACCUGGACUACCUCCGACGGAACUUCAGCUCAUUGAGCAAUGUCAAGGACAGUGAUGACGUGUUAAAACCCGGCGCCAGUGACGAAGACGCGACAGAAGAGGAGAUUCUGGAGAACAUCCAGAGACAGAAGGAGAUCAUCGCAGCCAUCCGCAAACAGCCUUGGAGGAUGAAGAAGAAACUCAAGACACUCAAAGUUGCCCAGGACUAUCUUGAAAAGUACGAGGGGAAACUGUCCAAGAGCAGAGGGUACCAGGAGGCAACUGAAAGGGUUUGGAAGAAAAUUAGGAGAGAGCUCGCCAACUUUGCCACAUUCUUCAUCCCAUGGGACACCAGGAUAAAAACAAUAGAAAGUUACUUCGGAUCGGUGGUAGCGUCAUAUUUCAUUUUCCUGCGGUGGCUGUUCUGGAUAAACAUCGCCCUGUCCAUUUUGAUGCUGUCAUUUGUGGUUUUACCAGAGCUUCUGGUGGGUUUACCGUACGGCUCCUUACCGAGGAAGGCAGUACCGGAACCGGAAAUGCACCGCGCAGAGAACAUCGCGACUAUUUGGGAUUUUGGGGGCUACAUGAAGUUCUCAGUCCUGUUCUAUGGUUACUAUAGUAACCAGAAGUCCAUCGGCAGUGGGUACCAGUUACCGCUGGCGUACUUCCUGACCGGGAUCGGCAUCUUUGUCUACAGCUUCGCCGUCAUUCUCAGAAAGAUGGCGAAGAACUCCCGCAUGGCGAAGCUGUCUACCGAAGACGACCAGUUCACGUUCUGCUGGAAGGUGUUCUGUGGGUGGGACUACCUGAUCGGACAGUCGGACACCGCCGAUAACAAGUUUGCCGCCAUCUCCACUGGAAUCAGGGUCUCCAUGGUAGUGUCUAUCAUCACCAUGGUAUUCCCUGUGUUCUUCGACCUGAUUGGUCAGAUGGAGAAGUACCACCCCCGCGUCAUGCUGCAGUGGCAGCUGGCCCGGAUCAUGGUUCUGAACCUGGGGAACCUCUACACGCUCAUGAUCGCGCUCUUCAAGAAGGUCAACAACCUGAACGCCAGCUGGGCUCUGCAGAACGUGACGGCCUCAGGCAUGAUACAGGAGAUCCUGCAGCUAGACGAGCACAUGCUGGAGACCGCGAACGACACGCAGGUGGUGGACACCCUCACCAGGCUGGCGGGGAUCAAGGAGCAAUGCUGGGAAACCAUCGUGGGACAGGAGAUGUACAAGUUGUCGGUGUUUGACAUGAUCGCCACCCUGGUGACUACCAUCAUUGUGGACUUCCUCCGGGGGCUGUUUGUGAGGUUUGCUAACUACUGCUGGUGCUGGGACCUGGAGGCCAAGAUUCCGGGCUAUGGGGAAUUCGGGGUUGCAGAAAACGUGCUACACCUCAUCUACAACCAAGGAAUGAUCUGGAUGGGGGCGUUUUUCGCACCCUGCCUUCCUGUCCUGAACGUCCUGAAGUUGAUCGCCCUGAUGUACCUGCGGAGCUGGGCAGUCAUCAUGUGUAACACGCCUCACCAGCGGGUCUUCCGCGCCUCCAGGUCCAACAACUUCUACUUCGUCCUGCUGCUCAUCAUGCUGUUUCUCAGCAUGCUCCCAACGGGCUACGUCAUGGUGUCUAUAGAACCUUCCAGGAACUGUGGACCGUUUAGCGGCAGGCGGCGGAUGUUUGACAUCAUCCCGGACACGGUAAGGGAGCAGUUCCCGGCCUGGCUUACCACCGUCCUCAGCUACAUGAGCACUGCCGGGGUCAUCCUGCCCGUCUUCAUGCUUCUCGUAAUGGCGAUUUACUAUCUACAGUCGUUGGUUCGAUCGUACAAAGAGGCCAACAACGAUCUAAGGAUACAGCUACAAUACGAAAGGACGGAAGGAAAAAAGAAAGUUUACGAAAUGUCGGCGGCUAAGAACGACCAGAGUGACGGCUCGGGAUCCAGUCACGUCAGGUCAAGACACAAGGCCCAGGUCCCG